AUGAGAUCAAUUAUUCUCUUUUUAUUAUUAUUAAGUGUUAUUGCAGAUGAUGAAUUUUAUCACUUCAGACAUGGAUGCAUUAUGCAUAGAAGAAUGGUUAAAGCUCAAAAAAUGACAGAAAUGUUAGAAAAGAAACUUAAACAAACUAGAAAGAUUGAACGAAGAAUUCUUCAUGAACUCGAAUUAAAUUAUGAAGACACAGAGAUGGCAACUACUCGAAAAGAUAAAGUUCUUCUUCAACAAACAAUUCGUAAGUUACAAUUCCAAUUAAGAAAGACUAGAAAUGCUAAGGUUGAAAUUUUGAGAAAAUUAAGAAAGGUUGCUGAUUCAUUAACUGGAGUAGAACGUGGAAGAAUGAUAAGAAGAAAUAGAUUAGAAGAAUAUGUUGAUUAUCAUGGAAGUGAUAUUAGUAAAGAAUAUAGAAAAGUUAAUAAACAAAUUUAUGAAAUGGAAAAGAAAUAUGCUGUAGAAUAUGCUAAAGAAGCAGCUAAACUUGCAGCUAAAAAUACAUAUUCUCAAAUUCAAGAAGCAGAAGGUAAAGACAAACCAAGUGAAAAAGAUAUAAAACAUCAAAUUGCAUCAGCAGCAAAAGAAAUUUAUGAACGAGUAUAUACAGAAAUCAUUCACAUUAUUAGAAGAAAUACACUCCAUGGUGGAAAUAUGAAAAGAAUAGAAGAAAAUACUAUUGCUGAAAUUAAAGUUUAUAUGGAAAGUAUUAAAGCUGAAUUUAAUCAUGAGAAAGGAAAACUUGAAGCAACUCAAACUGCUAAUAAAAAAGUUAAUUCUACUACUUCUAAGUCACAUAAAAAAUAA